UAUUUUAGUUAAAUUUGCGGAUUGUUUUUUUUUUUCAAAUAUUAAAAAGAACUCAAAAUGUCUAAAAAAAAAUAUACGCAAAAUGAUUUAAGGCGUUUAAUGCAAGAACAAAAACUUAAAGUUUCUAAAGCUGCAGGAAUAAAUUCAAAUAAUAUUGAGAAAAUUGAUUCCCCAUUAGCGAAAUAUGAAAAUGGUAAACUUACUUGUAUUUUAUGUAAAAGUGUCGUACGAUCUGAAACUGUUUGGAAAGUUCACAUAAAUUCAAAGAGCCAUAGAGAAAAGGUUGCUGCAGCAAAAGAAUUGAAGGAUCAUUUAAUUAGUGCAGGUACAGCAAAUGAAAAUCGAAAAAGGACAAAUAAAGAUGAAGCUUUGUUUGUAAAGCCUGAAAUUCCGGCAAAAAUAGCAAAAACUGAUGUGUCAUAUCAAAACUCUGAAGAUAUCAAAGACACUAAAUGUUCUAUUCCAAGUGAUUUUUUUGAUGAGAAAAGUACUUUUUUUUCUGUGACACUUAACAAAACUAGUAUUAAGAAAGAUUUGGUCAAUAUUAAAAGAAACUCAAAUGAAGAAACCAAAAUGGAGGUUGAAGAAACGAUUGACGACGAUAAAUUACCUGAAGGAUUUUUUGAUGAUCCAGUUAAAGAUGCAAAAAUCCGAAAUACGGAAUACAAAGACCCUCAAGAAGAAGAGUGGGAAAAAUUUCAACGUGAAAUUAAAGAAGAGACUACACACUCUGUUGAGAUAAUUGCAGGAGAACAUGAAGAAGCAAUAGCAGAAAGACAAAUUGAAGAAAUUGAUGAACAAAUUCAAAACUGGUCCAGAGUUCUAAAUAUGGAGAAAAAAACUGAAAGUAUUCUUUCAAAAAAACAAGAAAUGCGUUCAAACUGCAUGGAUUUAGAUGAAAAGCUAAAUGAUUCUGAUGACGAAGAUGUAAAUCUCGACAACCUGACAGAUUGGCGAGCCAAAAAAUUAAAACUGAAAUCUUAAAAUAAUAAAAUAAAACUUUUGCACAAAAUUUAUUUUUCUAAAAAUGAAUAUACAAACAAAACUUUGAUAGAUUUAUGAAAGAUUUAGUA